GUGUGUGUGUGUGUGUGUGUGUGUUUAUAUCUGCGUCACAGCAGAAUCCUGUCGCUGGCCGAGAAGAGAAGACAGAAGAGAGAGACUCGGUGUGGAUUUUCUCCUGCUUGAUCUUUCCGUAAUAAAUCCUCCGUCAUGGUCAAGGUGACGUUUAAUUCCGCUCUCGCACAGAAGGAGGUGAAGAAGGACAGCGAGACUCUCAUUCCUGAUGACAAGGACCCUGAGGCGGCUCAGGUUGUCAGCCAGCCGUCGAGGGCGUGGUGCUGGUGCUUCUACCUGGGACUGGCCCUCAUGUUGUCUGGGGUGAUUGUGGGCGGAGCUUACCUGUACAGGUACUACGUGUUGGAGGAAGGGCAGGUGUUUGUGUGUGGCGUGAAGUACCGUGAGGAGAACUACAGGAUCCAGGAGGAGAAUGAUGACAUGGAGGAACCUGCAGUGGGUUUGCGUAGGAUUGACGAGAUCGUGCAAGUGCUGGAGGACGAGGAGGUGGAGCUCAUCAACAUCCCGGUUCCCAAAUUCAGCGACAGCGACCCGGCCGUCAUCGUGCAUGAUUUCAAACGGAGGCUGACAGCUUAUUUGGAUCUGAGUUUGGAUAAAUGCUAUGUGAUUCCUCUGAACACGUCCGUGGUGAUGCCUCCUCAUGACCUGGUAGAUCUUCUGGCCAAGCUGAAGGCUGGAACCUACCUGCCUCAGACUUAUCUGUUGCAUGAGCAGAUGAUUGUGACCGAGAAGAUGGAUGAUAUCAAACCUCUGGGUUCCUACAUCUAUAAAGUGUGCCGAAACAAAGACACAUACAAACUGCAGCGCCGAGACACCAUACUGGGUCUGCAGAAACGUGAAGCUCUGAACUGUCGCAAGAUCCGGCAUUUUGAGAACCACUUCGCCAUGGAGACUAUGAUCUGUGAGCUGUGAUGAGAAACAGAAAGGAAAGAAGUUGAGAGAGAGAAAGAGAAAGAUUUUUUGGUUUCUUUCAGUUUUGUCACUUUUCCUUUUGCACAUAAAAUCAUAUUGUGGGUCAUUUAAUGAGUGCUUCAGUUUCCAUUCUGCUUUACAUCUCUAAAAGUCUUAUUAAAGGGUAGUGUUAUAUAACGUGUGUGUGUGUGUGUGUGUGUGUGUGUGUGUGUGCGUGUGUGCGCGUGUGUGCGUGUGUGUGUGUGUGUGUGUGUGCGUGUGUGUGUGUGAGAGAGAGAGAGAAUGCAUGUUUAGGAUGAUCAUUUUUAUAUAGUUUAUUUUCUAUUUCUAUUGAUUUUGUUCACUUGGUGUUUGGAUGAUCAGUAAAACAUUUAUCUCCUAUUUUAGAUACAAAUUAGAGAGAAAAAUACUCAGCAUUUCACACAUCUAUUUUCACAUCCAUUAAACUCUAGACUGAAUGUAUAUUUCUAUUUUGCAGAAUGAACUAAGGAUAUUGUGGCUUGAAAGUAAAAACAGAAAGUGGUAUUUUUUCAGAAUAAUCUAUCAGGAGCAAGAUAUAAACGUCUACAUUCCUCACACCCUAAUAAUCUAACCUUCAUAAUCAGAAAACAAACAUGAAACCGUGUAGAUGAAAUUAACAUGAUAACAUUUAAUGCUAAUUUAUAUAUUAGCUGUUCUGUACAAAUACAAAUAAUAAUAAAGUCUUAAAACUGUCUA